UCAUUACGCGCUUUGUUGACUGUAAACAAAGGGACCAGCUAAGUUGAUGUUGUUUUUCUAUAUAUUUUACAUUUCUUUUGCUAUAAAAUUCUCGACGACGUUCUGGACCCAGCUGCUCCACGUUGCUGCUAACCGUACUAGAUUAAUCAAGUGUCACCCGCUUGUCUGACGGUUUGCUAACUUACUGAGAGUUGAGUGCGAGUAAUGCAUUAAGGAGAAACCAAACAAACUAUGAUUAAAUGCUUACCCAAAGAGGUACAAGGGAAACUUCGCUCUGGUGUCGCUCUUCCCUCAUUACAGCAAUGUGUCGAGGAGCUUCUAGUCAACAGCAUAGACGCAGGAGCUUUUUGUGUAGGCGUGAGGGUGGACAUGGACGCCUUCAAAAUCCAAGUUAUCGACAAUGGAAGAGGAAUGAGCGCUGAAGAUAUUGGCUGCGUUGGAAACAGGUACUACACAAGUAAAUGCAACUCCCUGGAGGACCUGGAGGAUCUCAGGUUUUAUGGCUUCAGAGGUGAGGCUCUUGCAAGCAUAAUUUCCUUCGCCACACUUGUUGAAAUUUCAUCCAGGACUAAAGACUCUACGAAAACGCUCAUUAAGAUCUUCAGAGAAGGCACGGGCUUGGAUGUGUUUGAAGCAGAGACGAACAGGCCUUCAGCAGGAACUACUGUCACAGUUUGUAACUAUUUCCACAACAUGCCAGUGCGCAGGAAGAGGAUGGAUGCUGUGCUGGAAAAUGAGAGGAUCAGGCAAAGAGUUGAAGCUAUCUCUCUUAUGCACCCAUCUGUUUCUUUCAGUCUGAAGAAUGACUGCACAGGAGCCAUGAUGGUGCAGCUUCCCAAAGCCAGAAACACUUAUUACAGGUUUGUGCAGAUCCACAGUCUUGCUCGUGCGCAGAAACUGGGAGAAUUAAACUACACCAGUGGCCAGUUUGAAGUCACAGGCUACAUCGGUAAAGAAGGGCAUUAUAAUAACAGCCUACAGUUUCUUUAUGUCAAUGAGAGACUACUGCUGAGGACACGAAUACACAAGCUUCUCAAUGGUCUCUUACGUAGACUGAGCUGCUUGAGUCAGAAAACUGACAGCCCGGAAAGCCACAUUAUGACCAGGAGUCCAAAGCUCAAACGUAGCCAAGACCUUUAUGGAGUAUUUAUUGUUAAUAUUAAAUGCCCUUACUCUGAAUAUGACAUCUGUUUGGAGCCUAUCAAAACUCUAAUUGAAUUCAAAGACUGGGAUGGAAUUUUGCACUGCAUUGAAGAGAGUAUAAAAGAUUUCUUUAAAAGGGAGGAUCUGGAAGCUGAGCUCUCCCAAGAUGACCUGGAAAGCGAUUCUCCAAAGAUAGAUAUUAAUGGUACAAACCAAACCAAUACAAAUUCCAACACAGAUGUUUCUAGUAAUUUCUCUAAAAUGGAUACCGGCAUUGAAAUGGUACUGUCAUCUGAAUGCGUUUAUCGAAGCAACACUAACAAACACGGUAAUGAGAUGGACUGCAAAGAUGAUGACAAGAAUUUAUCUACAAACAAUGAAGAUUUAAAACAAAAUUCAGAGCAAUUUGGAGAGAGAAAUUCAAAUGUACAAUCUAUUAGUGGAAAAGAACUGAGCACAUCUGAUGAAAGAUGCAGAAUUGCAACUGUUCUGCUUUCAAAAGAAACUAUGAGAUCUGCAUUACAGACUUCAAAACAUGUACUAACAAAUGAUGCUGUGUUUACGGCAUCUCAAGACAGUUUCAUAAAUACAAGGAAAGUCACUUUGUCAGAUCCCUUUCUUCAUGAAAGCCUUCGAAUUGAAAAACAUUAUACAAAUAGUGGAUUUCAACAGGUAGAAACAUCAUUUGGAACUGAAUGCAAAAUAACACUAGGAACUAGUCAGAAAAGAACUUGGGAAGAUGUUUUUCAGGGACCUGCCCCUGUUAAAAUUAGGAAAAUAGUUUGUUCAUCAAAUAUCUCUCAGUCUCUUGACCAAUUUCGAAGAAUUUAUGAUAAAAAUCCUGAAAUUUCUGAAGGCUCUAAAUUUGAAGGUUUUAUUAACAAUAAUUCAAAGUAUGAAAAAAAUCAACUAAGUUUUGAUUUUACAAAUACUAAAGAGCGUGGGCGCACCAUCCACAGUCCGCCAACUCUCACAGCUUUUACUAAAUUAAAACCUGCUACUUGUGUGAACAAAGAGAAGAUUUCCAUAGCAUCCAAGCUGUGCCAGUUAAGACAAAACAAAGAAGACCCUUGUAUCAUACAGUUUCCAACCACUGAGACCACUUCACUAGUCGAUAAUAGCAUCUCUGGUGAUUGCAUUCAGAAUAAAGACAAUUAUUGCAAUGCCAAGGUCACUACUGAACCAGGAUCACCUCACAUAGCCAGUCCAGAUCAAACCAAAGAGACACAGAAGACCACAUCAGAUGACUGGGUACCUCACUAUGAUUCAUCCGUGGGAAAGACGGUGUAUGUGAACAAAGUCACCGGGCUCAGCAGAUAUGAAGAACCCUCAACAGAACAACCAGAAAUGCGCUGUACCUCAGAUGUAACCAAUAUGGCCAUCAGUGUCUUGUCUGAAGCAGGGAUGGAAUACAUAUGCUAUCCCUUUCAAAUGGAUCUAGUGCUACCGUUUUUGCCUAAGUCCAGUUCAGAAAGAGUUUGUUGGUCAGGGCUUGAUGACAGAGGUAUCUCAGUGACAGGUGAUGAUGAGAACAGCAAUUCUCUUUAUUCAAUGUACUCAAAAUGGAAUAAUCCAGUGUUUGUCAGACCACCAAAGGUUUGCGUAGACAUAUCGUGUGGCCAUGCAGAUGGACUGACUGUAAAAGUCCACAACAUUUUAUUUCCAUAUCGAUUCUCAAAAGCUAUGAUACCCACAAUGAAGGUAAUUAAUCAAGUGGAUAAGAAGUUUCUUGCAUGUCUAAUUAAUACUACAGAAGACCUGGCUAAUAGUACAAGUGAAUCAGAUGCAAACCUUUUGGUGCUCAUGGAUCAACAUGCUGCACAUGAACGUGUCCGACUUGAAAAUCUUAUAGCUGAUGCCUAUGAAGACGGCUCAGAUAUUCCAGGGGAAAAAAGGUUGUCCUCAUCCAUUAUUUCGCCUCCACUGGAAGUCAGCUUAGCCCUAGAAGAGCAAAGAAUUCUUAGGUCUUGUCAAGCACAUAUACAUAAUUUGGGACUGGAAAUAACAUUCUCACAGACAGAAGAGUCCAGGAUUUUCAUAGGAAAGGUACCACUGUGCUUUACAGAAAAGGAUAUAAAUGAACGAAGACGGGGCAGACCUUCUGUAAUAAAACUUUUAAUAGAGGAGUAUCUUCGAGAGCAAAUUGAGCUGCUUCGUUCAGCAGGUAGACUGAGAGCAACUUUGCCCCUCACUGUGCAGAAAGUGCUGGCAUCUUUUGCGUGUCAUGGUGCAAUUAAAUUUAAUGAUGUCUUGAAUAAAGAUGAGUGCUGCAGCCUGGUAGCGUCUUUGUCAGCUUGCCAGCUGCCUUUCCAGUGUGCCCACGGGCGUCCUUCUAUUGCACCGCUGGUGGACCUCCGUCACAUAGACAAGGAGGCAAAUGAAUUAACAAAACCCAAUCUACCAAAGCUCAGACGGAUGUACAAAGCUUGGCUGCUAUGGAAAUAGAUAAGUCGAUAUAAUUUAAUUUUUUUCAUUCAAUGAAAGCCAAAAAGAGCAAAUAAUGG